UCCAAGUGAAGUGGAUUGUAGUCUGAGCCUGACUGUCAUUUGAACACCGUGACUUCACGGAUACCCGACCGACUGAGCACCAUGGCUGAAGCAGACAUUGCACUGAUUGGUUUGGCUGUCAUGGGCCAAAACCUCAUCAUGAAUAUGAACGACCAUGGCUUUGUGGUUUGUGCAUACAACCGAACUGUGUCUAAGGUGCAUGACUUCCUGAAGAAUGAGGCUAAGGGCUCCAAGGUGGUCGGAGCAGAGUCUCUUGAGGAUAUGGUGUCCAAGCUUAAGAAGCCCAGGAGGAUCAUCUUGCUGGUCAAGGCUGGACAGGCUGUGGAUGACUUCAUUGACAAACUGGUUCCUCUUCUUGAAACAGGAGAUAUCAUCAUCGAUGGUGGAAACUCUGAAUACAGAGACACAACACGGCGGUGUCAGAGCCUGAAAGAGAAGGGCUUGCUGUUUGUUGGCAGUGGAGUUAGUGGAGGAGAGGAAGGGGCACGUUACGGACCCUCACUCAUGCCAGGGGGACACAAGGAGGCCUGGCCACACAUAAAAGACAUCUUUCAGAGCAUCGCUGCUAAGGUUGGAACAGGAGAACCCUGUUGUGACUGGGUUGGAGAUGAGGGUGCUGGUCAUUUUGUAAAAAUGGUCCACAAUGGCAUUGAGUAUGGUGAUAUGCAGCUGAUUUGUGAGGCCUAUCACCUGAUGAAAGAUGUCCUGGGUAUGGACCACGAUGAGAUGGCCCAGGCUUUCGACAACUGGAACAAGACAGAGCUGGACUCUUUCCUGAUCGAGAUCACAGCUAAUAUUCUUAAAUUCAGGGACUCUGACGGUACACAUCUCCUUCCCAAGAUCCGAGACAGUGCUGGACAGAAAGGCACAGGAAAGUGGACAGCUAUUUCAGCCCUGGAGUAUGGCAUUCCCGUCACUCUAAUAGGAGAGGCUGUCUUUGCCAGAUGCCUGUCCUCUCUAAAGGAUGAGAGGGUGGAGGCCAGCCGCAGCCUUUCAGGGCCUCAGGGGGUCACAUUCAGCGGGGACAAGGCUGCUUUCCUAGAGGACAUCAGAAAGGCCCUGUAUGCCUCCAAGAUAAUUUCCUAUGCGCAGGGCUUUAUGCUGCUACGGCAGGCAGCUAAAGAGUUUGGCUGGACUCUUAACUAUGGUGCGAUUGCUCUGAUGUGGAGAGGUGGCUGCAUCAUCCGAAGUGUCUUUCUGGGCAAAAUCAAAGAGGCAUUUGACCGAGACUCUGAGCUGCAGAAUUUGCUGCUGGACAAUUUCUUCAGUGAUGCUGUACAGAGCUGUCAGGAAUCAUGGCGCAGAACAGUGAGCAUCGGAGUCCAGCAUGGCAUUCCCAUGCCUUGUUUCACCACUGCUUUGUCUUUCUAUGAUGGCUACAGACAUGACAUGCUGCCAGCUAACCUCCUCCAGGCUCAGAGGGACUACUUUGGAGCACACACGUAUGAGCUGCUGACAAAACCUGGUCAGUUCAUCCACACCAACUGGACGGGCCAUGGUGGAAAUGUCUCCUCUUCAUCCUACAAUGCUUAGAGACCGUCUCACGCCAGGCAAAACACAAACAAGAUGGAAAACAUGACUGAGGAGGACAUGUUACACAUUCCACACACCCCAACAAUCACCUUAACCCAGCUUUUUACCCCUCUCAGAAAUGUGUUGCUGCAGAUUUAUUUAUCAAGAAGUGGAAUUAUAGAUUAUGUGUGCUGUGUUUUGGUGCAACAACUUUUAUAUUAAUAAAACCAUCUGGAUGCUUUUGUUGUUA